UCGCCUUCGUGAAAUCAAAUCCUCUACAACACCCCAAUCAUGUCUAGAUUUUUUGUUGUUUUGAUCGCUUUCCUAGCGACCGCCGCUGCCAAACAACAAAAAUUGAGCGCGAUUGUCCCAGAACCAGAAAUCCAAUCCACCGCCCACGUAGCCACCAUUCAGUUAUCUGGAGAUUAUUCGUCCCACGGAGGCAAGAAGUACUCUUCUAGCGCUGAACUCACCAGUUUGGCUCAUUCUUCGGCACUUCAAGCCAGGACGGCUGUACAAAAUCAGCAAACAGCAGGCGUUCAAGCAGCUGCAGGAGCCCAAAACGGAUUUGCUCGCGCCGCCCAAGAAGCUGCACAUGCCGCAAGAGUAGCUUUAGUUGCGAAACAAGUUAUUGUUCAGAAUUUGCAGGAACAGAUUGAGGAGGCUGAACAUCAGUUACAAGCUGAAGAGGGCCAGUAUCAACAAGCUCUCGAAGCCGCUAACGCCGCUCAAACCACCGUUCAGCAAAGCCAACAACAACUCGCCGCCGCCACUGCUACAGUUGCCGCCGUUCAGCAAUCUGCCACUCAAACCGAACGUGCCGCCUCUGCUGCCCUACAGGCUGCUGCUGCCCAGCAUCAAAUGAUCCAAGACGCUCAACAGAGGCUUGGACAUUUGCAUCUCAGGCUGGAAGAAGCUUUAUCUGGGUUGCACGAAACUGAGCUUGCGGCACAAAGAGCCGCUGCUGCCGCUCAACAGGCUCAAAAUAAUGCCGAAGGUUCUGCAUUACUGGCUGUAGCAAGUAGCGCUGGUAAUCAGAUUGGUGAACAUGAUACAAGUCUUUACCAUCACUAAAGUCUGACAAGACGAAGUUUGUGUUCAUUUAUUCUGUAAAUAACCAGUGUCAUCUUGGUUACUGUUAAUAUUUAAAUAA